AUAAAUUAGCAGUGCAUCACCCAGUGAUGUAAAAAUUAGUAACAUGAUGUAAAAUUAGUAAUAGUGAAUUAUUAACCGUUUCCAUUUUUACAAGCUGUGUUUAACAUUCUAAAUGUACUGCAUAGUCGGAAUGACCAAGUUCUUUCUUUCUCGCAGGAAGGAGGAAAACACAGAAAGGGAGAAAUCACCGAUCUCACCUCCACCCUCAGCAACAGACAAUGGAGAGACUGUCUUCUUUAGUGACAUCAAACACAACAGUGAAGCCGAGCAAGAUGUCUCAAAUAUCAGACAACCAACUAAAGGUACUCCUGUAGACACUGAAAUUUGUAAACUUAAGGAGCCCUUUCUGUUGUCCCGCUGGAAGCAGUUCUGGUACGCUCCUGUCACUACAUUUAUCAGCAACGUUCUGAUGUACUUCCUCUUCCUGUUUCUGUACGCCUAUGUGCUAUUGGUUGACUUCAAACCGCCUCCUCCUGAUGGCCCUGCCCCUUCCGAGUGUGUGCUGUAUUUCUGGGUUUUCACUAUGCUGUGUGAGGAGAUUCGAGAGGUAGGUGCUGACACGGGUUCUUCACUUGUAAACAAUCAGCUUAAAAGUGAUCAGUGUUGGGGGGUAACGCAUUACAUCUAACAUCAGAAUAUAACGUAAACCUGAAAAUUAAAUUAAAAAUUAAAUGUUUCUUUAAAAUAUACUUUAUGUAUUUAAUCUCUCUUUAUUAACCAAUGUCUUUGUUACUGACCUUCAAUGAUCAAAUUCAACCAUUCGAAUCAGCAAAAAAGACUUAAACAUCACAUGUGUUUUGCACAUUUGUGCUUGUUUUUUGCAAUCCAAUUCUUCUGCAAUCCAGAAUGGUAGCACAGCUGAAACUGUGCCCUUUACUGUACAGGCGUGAAUUUGCAUUUCCUUCAACCAGAGACUUAUUAGGGGCACAGAAGGGACUGUAGCCUGUAAGCCUGUAGGUCUCUAGAAAGGAGGAUUGGUAAGUUUAUAUUUACGUUCCACACAGUUGGGUGAUCAAUCCGGUAGCAGAGACGUCUUCCACUGAGGAUGCAGGCUGCGUGCAGUGGGAGGGAGCGUAGUUGCGAUCCAGUAGUCGUGCCACUCUGGGCUGGAGUAUGCUGAACUUCGAUUGCGCCAAGAGGGUCCUUUAGGAUGGACUGGGUAGCUGGGUCAGAUGAAUCUUCACAGGUUCCUUUGCAGGCUGGCUGUGUCGCUGAGGAGCCGUGUGGUACAGGCAAUGUCUGCCGAUGCAGAGGUCCUUUGUGGACUUGGCUGUGCUGCUGUAGGAGCCUUAAGGGUCAGAUGAAGUCCCUCAAUGCUGGGGCCCUUUUUGCAGCUAGAGUGCAGCUGGAAGCGAUUUAAAAGGUUAUGUUCACGAAAGCUUCACCUUAACCGUCUUGUAGUCUCUUUCCCCGUCAGGUCAGAAACUCAGGACGUGGAGUGUCUGUUAAUAUCUCCUUCCCCGUUGAGCUGGAAACGCAGAACAAGGGUGUGUCUACCCGGGGGACAUAUUUAUCCAUUUCUGAUGAUGAGGAGAUUGAAAUGUGGUGCCUUGCCAAUCCUGGAGUGUGAUUGGUUACUGUUAUCUGAAGCAGCCCCGGUGUUGCCCACCCUAGUGUGGAACUCAUUUGCAUAGCAUAAAGUACAGUGUUAAAAUAGUGUCUUUAACAUUUUACCCAUGAAUUAUUUCUUUACCAAACCUCUUUCAAAUUAUUAAAGGCAUCGUAGGGAACAGAUAGACACCAAACACACUAUGAAAUAGUUAAAUCAUCGUCCAUGCAUUUGUUUAUCUGUGAACAGGUCUGUCCCAUGACCUGUUGUUUUAACAGUCAGUAACCAUUAGCAUAAACAGUUUAGAUCAAAUUAAGGCCUCCAAACAUAGGUAUGAAUGGAUUUAGAUAGAUCUCUGUGGCCUCUCUUUAUUUCAGUCAUUGCUGCUCCAUGCAGGGGUCCUGAAGGAAUUGUUAUGGCAGUCCUUGCCUAAACCUUAGGAAUGAGUUUGGUGGUUAGAGUCAACGUGUCGUCCAAUGAGAAGUCCUCUAUUGGUUUUGGUGGGUGCAGAAGGUCCCCCUUCCUGUUCUGGAAGAGGUGUCUGGUAGUUGUCCGAACAUCUUAUCUGAUGUUGCUGAACAUUUUGUUUAUGAUCAGUCACCAAAGAUCCAACCACAGUGUGGCACAUCUUCUUACACACCAGGAGUUAGAGAGGGGCCCUGUAGUAAACUGGUCCCCAGAAUGCCAUCUUGACUGUUGUUCACAACAAGCCCCUAUUGUAAUUGUUAGUUUUAUUAUUAUUAUUUUUCCAGAAUGGGAGUCUAUGGUAGCCCUAUCAAUGGAACAUGAGAAAAUUAUGAAAUUUGGCACAGUUGUAGAGAUGGUCAUGAAUAGUGAUUGAACCAAUUUUGGAGUCUCUAGGACCAACUCUAAAGCACCACCACCAGUUCAAAUAUUCACUUUUCUAAAGGUUAUAACUGUUGAACCCUUUGUUAAAUUCAGUUCACCCAAUUCCUCUCUUCAUGCUCAUGCCAUUCAACAUUAAAACUGCCCAUUACAGUAGUGGAAUUAUCUUAUGAAUUACAGUAUGAAUUAUCUUAUAUAGGAUGUUCCGUUGAGUAAACCUUC